AUGCUAGGAGAGACUGAUGCCUCUCACGUCGAAGCAGCGAAGGCAAAGGUCGCCGCCUCGGCCACUAAGGCUUCCGCUCAGAAGGCCAGUGCCGAAGCUGCGGUUGCACUCAAAGCUAAGCGAGCGCAGUCGGACGCCUUCGCGCUGAACAGCCCAGUAGAACGGCGCGGGCUGUGCAUAUGCUGCUCGUACCCCAAUAAUCCAGACGUUGCCCUGCCGGGUGCAGUCUCCGAUCAGCGCGCGAUGGAGAAGAUGCUAAUAGAGAACGGGUACGAGGUCACCUUUAUCAGCGACGAGGACAGUUCGUCUACGAGGAAGUCAGGCGAGCCCGUGAUUGUCAUCGAUCCCAGCCACACGCGAUCGGGCCAGCGAGGGACAGUGGUUGAGGCUGCACUCGGCGAAGAGACAACGGUUCGCUUCGCGGACGGCGAGGUUCAGGCCAUCCCAAGCAAAAGUUUGGCGUUGGACCACUCAACUAGGGAGGGCAUGUUGAGCAACAUCAAGGCCCUCUGCGAAUGGCUCGAUGCAAAGCCGAACAGACAAGGCUGGAUCAGCUAUUCUGGACAUGGCGCUCAGACAGCUGACACGAGUGGCGAGGAAGCGGACGGGCUGGACGAAUGCAUGAUUCCGACCGAUUAUCAAGAAGCUGGACUGCUCACCGACGACGAUCUGAAGGAGAUCUGCGCCUUCCGCAACGACUCGUCGCUCAUGGUGUUCAUGGAUUGCUGUACCAUUCUUGACCUGCCUUUUGAGCUCCAAAGCACCGCUAUUGGCCCUGAGUACGAAUACGACGACGGAAACGGCCUCAUCUUUUGCGUCUCGGCGGCACUUGACUCUCAGGAGGCCUUCGAAACAAAUGAGGGCGGCAUAUGCACCCGCGCUUUCCUCGGCGCUUAUACGCCGGGCGCAAAACCCGCUGAGAUGUUGGAGCAAAUGCGACGGUAUGCAAAAUUGAAGAAGAUGCCACAACUGAUUACCAUGCACUCCAACAGAGAGUUCAGCGACGAAACCCCCGCGUUCACCGACCCGGAUCCGGUGACGACCUCUCGGGCGCUGACUGACGCCGUCUCGAGUGGCCUCGAGUACGCAAAGGGCGUCGCUCCAGCAGGCCCAAUCAAGGAGUGGAUCGAGAAAGCAAUCUCUAAGCUCUCACCAGCUGACGGAUCUCGCGGUCUCGAUUUCUACGCGCUUCAGGACGACAUCAACGACUUUCUUCCCUUCGAGGUCGACUUCAACCUGCAGGACGGUGUCGACUUUUUCGAAGACAUCACCGGCCUUGACUUGGACGGCGAUGGGUUCCAACUUUUUCCGGGGUAUGGUAUGGCGGGGGGGUAUGGUCUCGAGGUGGGUUGCGCCGACCAUACCAUACCCGCAAAAAACGACCUCAAGGUCAAGGUUCGGCGAGGCAGUGCUCCUCCGUGCGGGCCUCAGCUGGUCGGGUACUUGUCGUGCCUCGACGCAAAGGGCGGCAACAACGCGUCUUGCACCGAGAUGCGCUUGGCGCUGGACCGGUGCAUGGCGCUGGCAGGGCCAAAACCGAAAAAGCAGCACAAGCCACCGAUAAACUAUUUCUUGCAGCAGGCAUCGUGGUUUCUGUCCAAGACCGACUGA